CCAAUCAACCUUCAGUAUAAGUCUCAUCUACCACUAAACCCAUCUCUCUCUCUCUCUCCCUGCAAAGUAUUAAUCUCUUGAUACAAUGACAACCCCUACAAGAAGGCUAGAAGGAAAGGUGGCUUUGAUCACUGGAGCAGCAAGUGGAAUCGGAGAAUGUACUGCAAAACUAUUUGCCGAACAUGGUGCAAAAAUCGUCAUCGCAGACAUCCAAGACCAACUUGGUCAAGCCGUUUGCGAGGCCAUAGGCUCAUCAAACUCGAUCUAUGUCCAUUGUGACGUAACCAACGAGGACCAUAUCAAAAACGCGGUAGAUCUUGCAGUUUCCACCUAUGGUAAACUCGAUAUCAUGUUUUGUAACGCCGGUAUCGUAGAUCCAAACAAGCAACGCAUCAUUGAUAACGAAAAAGUAGAUUUUGAACGCGUACUUAGUGUCAGUGUGACCGGCGUGUUUUUGAGCAUGAAACACGCGGCUAGAGUCAUGGUUCCUGCUCGGUCCGGGUCAAUUAUAUCAACCGCUAGUGUUUCUUCAAAACUUGGUGGUGCGGCUUCACACGCUUAUUGUUGUGCCAAACACGCUGUGGCCGGUUUAACAAAGAAUUUGGCAGUAGAGCUUGGGCAAUUUGGGAUACGGGUCAAUUGUUUGUCACCUUAUGCAAUGGUCACACCACUAGCCACAAAUUUUGUUGGGCUAGAAGGGGAAAUGCUAGAAAAUGUGAUGAACUCACUUGCCAACCUUAAAGGAGUGACACUUAAAACCGAUGAUGUGGCUAAGGCCGCCCUAUUUUUGGUCAGUGAUGAUGCAAAAUAUAUUAGUGGACAAAAUUUAUUUGUUGAUGGCGGAUUUAGCAUUGUUAAUCCAUCAUUCAACAUGUUCCAAUAUCCCGAGAAUCUUUAAUUAAAGAUUUAGAUCUCAAGACCUUAUCUUGUGUUGUAUUUACAAUAAGCUAAGCUGCAAGAUGUAUGAUUUUUAUA